AUGGCUAUGUUGCUUGAUCCAUCACAGAAGGACUCACAUAUUAAGCGCUUCUGGGGUAAAGAAACACAUAUUGAUGCUCUCCGUGAGGCUGAGAGAAUGUUCAAGGAAAGACAUGUCAGAUUGUAUGGCGAGCAUGGAGCACCAAAUUCACCAAGGAAGAAGACUGGUAAGGUACACUUACUUCUUCGGGAACUCUCCAGUGAUGAUGAGAGUGAUAAUGGAGAGCUGGAAGAGUCACUUGUAGAUCCACAGUCACCAUGA